AUGCCUGCUGCUGUUGUUGAAUCUUCAUUAACUCCUGAUGUUCUUAAUGAUCAUCAUAACUUUGAUAUAUCAGAAGAUACUUAUGAUGCUCAAUUUGCUCCUUUAAUUAGAGACCUAUACAAAUUUGGAAUCACUGAUCCUUCUUCAGUUAGAUUUGACCCAAAUAGACAUAUUUUGUUUACUGAUGAUUAUUUUGAAAAAACAAAAAGGUAUACAUUAGAAGAAUUACAAAUUGAUAAUUCUCGUCAAGAACCAAUUUCUAAUAUUGGUGUUAGUGAACCAUUCCCAUUAUUUACAGAUGAAGCUGUUGCAAUUUUAAGAUGGGAAGUUUUACAAAAAGAUGUAAUUACUAAAUAUGGUAGAAUUAGAUCCUUAUCAAAGUCAAAAGAUAGUAAGGGACAAAGUUUUGUUGUUGGUGAAUAUAGUGAAUAUGCUAAAUUUACUUAUGAAGCUUGGUCACAUCCUAAAAUUUUGGAGAUUAUCAGUAAGAUGGCUGGUGUUGAGCUAAUUCAAAUGUUUAAUCAUGUUCAUGCUAAUACAAAUAUUAGUAUUAGAACACCAGGAAUGAAAUUACUCGAUGAGGAUAUUGCAGCUACUCAAGAUGAAGAUAAAGUCAUUGGAAUCACACCAUGGCAUUUUGAUUCACCACAAUUUGUUUGUGUACUGAUGUUAAGUGAUACUUCCAAAAUGAUAGGCGGUGAAACUUCUUUAGUUAAAGGUGAUGGUGAAAUUGCAAGAGUGGAAGGCCCUAAACAAGGUUGGGCUAAUGUGUUACAAGGUAGAAUCAUUAAACAUAUAGCACCAAGACCCGCAGGUGAAUAUAGUGAAAGAAUUACUCAAGUAUCAAGUUUCAGACCGGUUGAUCCUCUUCUUGAUAAUUGUGUGAUGACUACAGUUAAGCCAGGUCAAUAUGUUGCAUCUCGUUAUAAUGAAUAUUAUAAAGAUUGGAUGAAUUAUAGAUUAGAAGUCUUAUCUAAAAGGAUUGAUAUCUUGAAAAAAAAUAUUACUGCUUCAAUUGAUAAAGGUGAAUCGUUUGAUCAGAUUAGUACAAUUAAUUUCAUGCAAAAUAAAAUUGUCAAUUAUGCUGAACAUACAUGGCAAGAAUUUGAAGUUGUUGAUGAUGGAGUCGUUGAUAAACCUUCAUCAUAUAAUGCUAAGCCUAGUAUUUGGUUUAAAUAG